CUCAGCUGCUUUCAUUUGCCCUGUGUGCAGUGUGCAGUGUGGACAGGGCUAGGCUGAGCUGGGCUGUGUUGAAGACAUAUAGUGGAUCUGUAUAGUGAAUUUGUGAGAACUACAGAAGGAGUGUCUCAGUAAAGACUCUGUUUCCCAAACUAAUUGGAUUAGGAACUGGAACAUACUGGACCAGUUUUUCUACACUAACUUAAGACAGAGCUCUAAGCGAGGGGAGGCUCGAAGAGAGAAAAUAGAAAACCAUACAGAAAGUCAACACUGGAGAACUGCUGGAGCAGAGACCACGUCAAGGCUGAUCUCUAGCCCAGGUCCCCUCACUGACCCUGGGAUCGGAAUGGUGGGACUCCUCCUGCCUCUGACCUCCAACACUGGGGUGAUGUUCUGUGUCUCUGGAACCCCUGACCCCUAACCCCUGAACCUAGGACAGAUUCUGGUAAGGCUUUGCGAAUUACUGUCUUCUGGAGGACUGGUGCUUCAGGGACCUGUCUGGCCUCUUUCUCCCUUGGAUCAUGGCCUCUCUCUGGGGCACGGUGGUGCUGCUGUGUGGGGUGGUGGCUCUCUCUGGAGCCCAGCAGAAAAAGAGCAAUGUUCCCCGGCUAAAACUCUCUUACAAAGAGAUGUUGGAGUCUAAUAACUUGGUGACGUUUGAGGGCCAGGUGAAUAGCUCUGCCUACCACACGUUCCUAUUGGACGAGGAGAAGGGUCGUCUGGUGGUGGGAGCCAAGGACCACAUAUUCUCCUUCAACCUAGUCAACAUCAGCAGAGAUAUGGCACAGAUCCCGUGGCCUGCCUCCACCUCCAGAAGAGACGAGUGUAAAUGGGCAGGAAAGGACCUAAUGAGUGAAUGCUCUAAUUUCAUCAAGGUGUUACAGCCAUUUAACCAGACCCAUCUGUAUGUAUGUGGAACCGGAGCCUUCCACCCUGUCUGUGCCUACCUGGAGGUGGGGAAGAAACUAGAGGACAGUGUGUUCAGGCUGGAGCCCCAGAUAGAGAACGGCCGAGGGAAGAGCCCUUAUGACCCCAAGCUGCUCACAGCAUCCAUGCUCAUUGAUGGUGAACUAUAUUCUGGGACGUCAGCUGACUUCAUGGGGAGAGACUUUGCCAUUUUCCGUACGCUGGGACAGCAUCACCCAAUCAGAACAGAGCAACACGACUCUCGCUGGCUGAACGACCCCAGGUUUGUGAAUGUCCAUCUGAUCCCAGAGAGUGACAACCAAGAGGAUGACAAGAUCUACCUGUUCUUCAGAGAGAACGCUAUGGAUGGGGAACACGCAGGGAAGGCUACUCAAGCACGCAUCGGACAGCUCUGCAAGAAUGACUUUGGAGGCCACAGGAGUCUAGUGAACAAGUGGACCACGUUCCUGAAGGCCAGACUGGUCUGUUCUGUACCUGGACUCAACGGCAUAGACACUCACUUUGACGAACUGCAGGAUGUGUUUCUGAUGAGCUCUAAGGAUCCCAAAAAUCCCCUUAUCUAUGCAGUGUUCACUACAUCCAGCAACAUCUUCAAGGGUUCAGCAGUGUGUCUGUACAGCAUGGCAGACAUCAGAAGGGUGUUUCUAGGUCCCUAUGCCCACAGAGACGGCCCUAACUACCAGUGGGUUCCCUUCCAGGGACGGGUACCAUACCCACGGCCCGGAACGUGCCCCAGCAAGACGUUUGGUGGAUUUGAUUCGACAAAGGACUUGCCUGAUGAUGUCAUAACAUUUGCCAGAGGUCACCCGGCGAUGUUUAACCCCGUCUACCCCAUCAACAACCGACCAAUCAUAGUCAAGACGGACACAGACUACCAGUUCACACAGAUAGUGGUGGACAGAGUGGAGGCUGAGGACGGACAGUACGACGUCAUGUUCAUAGGCACAGAUAUGGGGACAGUGCUGAAGGUGGUGUCCAUCCCCAGAGGGUCCUGGCAUGACCUGGAGGAGAUUCUACUGGAGGAGAUGACUGUGUUCAGGGAACAAGCUGCUAUUACAGUGAUGAAACUCUCUACAAAGCAGCAACAGUUGUACCUCGGCUCAGAGCUGGGUGUAUCCCAGAUGCCUUUGCAUCGCUGUGAGGUGUACGGGAAGGCCUGUGCUGAGUGCUGUCUAGCUAGAGACCCUUACUGUGCCUGGGAUGGGACCGAGUGCUCACGAUACUUUCCCAUGGCCAAGAGGAGGACAAGGAGACAGGACAUCAGGAACGGAGACCCUUUAACCCAGUGUUCAGAUCUGCAGCAUCAAGAUAACCUGAAUGGGCAGCCCACGGUGUUGGAUAAGACAGUGUAUGGAGUGGAAAACAGCAGUACGUUCCUAGAGUGUAGCGCCAAGUCCCAGAGAGCACUCACCUACUGGCAGUACCAACAAGCCAACGACGACCGAAGACGAGAUAUCAAAACAGAGGAUCGUUUUGUAUGUACGGAGCAGGGCUUGCUGAUCCGCACGUUGGACAAGAAGGAUUCUGGGGUGUAUGUGUGCCAGGCAGUAGAACACGGCUUCAUGCAGACGCUCCUAAAGGUCACCCUGGAGGUCAUCGACACUGAACGUCUCGACGAUCUCAUUCAUCGUGAUGACGAAGACGCCGCACACACCGCUACCACACACACCACCGCCCGGGACACGUCCACAGCCCGGGAAUCGCCCAAUCAGAAGCUUUGGUACCGUGACUUCCUGUCGUUAGUGAACCACCCAACCCUGAAUAGCGUGGAUGAGUUCUGUGAGCAGGUGUGGAAGAGGGAGAGGAAGCAGAGGAGGCAGAAAGCAAACCUAUCCCAACAGGUCCAGUUACACCAGCUACACCAGCAGCAGGGCCUCGUACACGCUCACACCCACGUGCACGCCCACGGCCUGGCGGCCAAAUGGAAACACCUGCAGGAGAGGCAGAAGGGCCGCAACCGCCGGACCCACGAACUGGAGAGAGCCCCCCGCAGCGUCUGAUCUCUCACCCACUGAAUCCCAUGACCCUCCAACCCCCAACCCACAUACCCUUUCCUCGUUCACGAACACCCUCCGAACCUCCUCCCCUGCCUCCUCUGCCCCAUACAGAGAUAAAGACUCAUUCCACACUGACUUUGUACAGAGAAUCUCAACUGGAAACAAAGGCAAUAUCCCGCCCUGGUCGAUGUGUAGGCUGCGUGGGCACCCAUGUUUACAGUGGCCCGGCACAGAGACACAGGAUGAUACAGUACUAUUAUAUUCUAUUAUCUCAGCUGGCCUCUGUGGCCCCAGCACCAUGGAGGGACAGUGUCAACAUGAGGACUGGACUUCAUGUAAUUACAUGCUCUCUCUACUAUUGAAUAACCUAAUGAAAACAUGGCUCUGUCUCCGCAGUAGCACGGCUUUGUAUAGCUCAUCGUUGUUGUCCACCCAGAUUUAGUGGGUAUCUUCUAUUAACAGCCACUAUCUUAUAACAAGGGAUGACAGUGUUUGACAUACAUGAUUGAGCAGGGAUGUACCUUAUGUGUAUAUCACAAGGACAAUUAUAAUAUACAGGUCAUGUAAAGCACAACGGUUUGAUGUUGAGAAGAUUCUAUGAGAAAUGAAGAGUUCUGAGGAGAGAGGAGGAUGCCCGAGCACUGCAAGAAAAUCAAUUCAUGGCUACUGAAAAUUCAGUAGCCAUGGAUUUAUAACUAAAGAUGUUAUUCUAACUUAAAUCAGACAUGUAAAUAUGCUUUGAUACAUUCUUGUACUAAAGGGAAUGGUUUGCGGGUUUCUUGUUACAUGAUGCUGUUUCACCAUAAACAAUUGAAUUUAGCAGAUUAUGAAAGUGAUUGUGUUCAGUGUAUAUAUAAUCUCUCCCUUCCAAGACACAAAUGUUUUCAUGUUUUGUUUUCAUGUUUAUCUUUUUGAUUUGUUCAGAGCCCUGUAUAAAAUAUGUUACACAGUUGAAGUUGACUUCAUAUGAAAUAUUUUCUUCAGUUUAUGUUUCAGUCAAACCACUGCAUCCCAGCGUAACUAUUCAAUCUGUGUCGCUGAAGCGUUAAAGUUUGCGUGAUAGAAAUGUAAGGUCAUUCCUGAUUGAGAUGACAUAUGCAGCGUUUACCGUGAAUGCAGUCUCCGCCAACGUGGGAACAUUGCCUUUGAAUUUCAAUCACGCUGUAACACUGAACGUCCUCGAUUCGGAUAGAAUAGAACACGAAAACUUUGACGUCUCUGCAUCGACUCUGUCACAUGUUGUUCAAAUGAAUAAAUUACUCAAUUUGCA